GGAGUACCGCCGUACUAAUCCGCCAGGGGCGUGCGUGUACUAGUGGUCAUACUCUGUGACGGUUCCGCCAUUAGAAUGCGCUGCGAAUCAUUUAGCGCGAAUUUCAAGUAGAGCCGUAGCCAAGUUUAUGUGAACAUGGCCAGCCAGUACCUGCUAUGGUCCGUGCCAAAACUCAAAUGUGCGCUCUUUCAACGAAAAGCUUCGACAGCUGGAAGGAAACUUGAACUGAUCGAGAGACUUGAAUCUUAUGACAGAAAUGAUGAUUUUGUUGGGCCAUCUGUCUCCAUCCCACGUCCAGAAGAUACAUCAUGGCCAGUGUCAGGAUUUCAACAGCUGAUGCCUUCCCAUCGUCAACUGCUGCCUCCCAUUUCCAAAGAAACCAUUGAGGGUUACUUCAUCUACCGUAUGGCAGGAGACAACCAAGCUGCACAUGAUAUCAAGGCCAUAGAGAAAGGUUAUCUGAUGUUUGAGGGGGACAGGGUGCUGGCAUGCAGUGUUCACAUACGUGCAUCUACUGAUGUAUACUUAAGUGGCAUCGUCAGUGCAUCUAUGAAAAACAAGGUCACAUACAAUUACAAGGUGAAGGUAGAGAAGACCGGGGAGCCAGUCAACUCCCACUGCGAGUGUCCUGCAGGGAAAGGACCACAUUCAACCUGUAAGCACAUCGCUGCGGUGCUGUUGAUGUUGGAGCAUUUCAUCUCAACUGGCAGUGUGCAAGUUGGAAAGAGCUGUACCGAAAACUUGCAGUUGUUCCACAAGCCCAAAAAAUCGUACAAAGGAUCACCCGUAACAGCUGCAGAACUGCCGUCAAAAAGAAAAUGGUCACAGCAUAUGCUGGACGAUCCAAGGCCACAAAAAUACAGACACAUGAGUGGCUACAAUGAUCAUGUGCGCAACAUGAUGACAAACUACUGCUCAAAGUCAUCUCAUGAUAUCGCCCUUAGAUAUGUUCACCCAAAAGCUGAUGUCCAGACAGCUGCUGAGGACCAUCACUACCUUAAACAGCCAUUUACAGAGUACAUGGUUGACAUGGCACUGAAGGUAACUGAGGAAUCUGCGAAAGAUAUUGAGGCAGCAACGCAAGACCAGUCCCGGAGCCCAGUGUGGCACACAGAAAGAAAGUGGCGCCUCACAGCCUCAAGGUUUGGUGAAGUGACCAAAAUGACCAACCGAAGAAAUAAGGAGAAGUUAUGUAAAUCAAUUGUGUCCACAAAAAAUUUAUCAUGUAAGCCUGUAAUUCAUGGAAAGCAGUAUGAAAAAAGAGCACUUUCAAAAUUUGAAUCCAUGUACAAUAUCAAAACAAAAAAGGCAGGUCUAUUUGUUUCCUGUUCUGAACCCUAUCUGGGUGCUACGCCAGAUGCCAUUAUUGAUGCUGAUAUCUUGGUUGAGGUGAAAUGUCCAUAUGCUGGAAGAAAUGAUCACAUUAAACCUGGUAAACAUUUUCCAUAUCUUCAUUACAAUGUAAACAAUCAGAUUUGUUUAAAUCCCAGCAGUCACUACUACUGUCAGGUACAGGGACAGAUGUACUUAGCAAAGCGUCAAUUUUGCUAAUUUGUUGUUUACACAUUCUGUGACAUGUUUGUAGAAAAGGUCAGUGUUGAUAAAGAUUUCUGUCAGUACUCAUUAAUUCCCAAACUUGAACUGUUCUAUACCAAACAUCUAAGACCAUACAUUGCUUCUACAUUGUAAAUCAUGUUUUUUCCCUUGGAUACAUCAUUAAGGCAUUUAUGAGUCCAAGCUUGUGUACCGGUAUGUACCAAUGGUAAUAACAGUAUGUUUGAUUCCCAUUGGGAGUUUGUGUUUGUGUAUUAAGCACAAUCAGGUUGUCUUAUUCCUGAAAUUAACUCAAAAUCUAAAAAUGUCAUACAGUUAUAUCCAGAUCUAAUAGAAAUAUUCCUUGGACUUUUUGUUGAUGAUGGUCUUUUCUCUUAUUCGGUAAUUGGUCUCAAGCGUCAAAUCAACAUUUUGGAAACUUAUUGUGACAAAUGGUGACUGUUCGUCAGUCUUUAUAACUAAAGUAUCAUUUUAUGCUUGGGUGUAGUAAACUCUGUAUCACUUAAGAAAAAAAAUAUCCAAAUAAGUUCACAUAUUUUCCAAAUAUCAAUUUGUUUCACAUGCUCAUGUCAACAUCAAAUGUUAUAUUAAUACAAAUUAUUAUAUUGUGCAUACAUCAUGCAUAUUCUGUGCCUUGAUCUAUAUUUGCAAUGAAUAAGCAAUUUGAAUUGUAAAUCAUACACAUGUCCAAUAUGAUUUAGCUACCAUUAAGACAGUUUAGUGUGAAGUUGAAGAUUCAUGAAGAUUCCAUUUGAAGAAUAUACACAGUACUCAACUAAUGUUUCAUAUAUACACACAUGUUUAUUCAGACACUCAAGAGAAAGAUUUUGGGUUUCCUCUAGAUUUCACUGAACAGGUUUACAACCUGUUACCACAAGGUACAUACACAUUGUAAGAGCAUCAGUGGAGCGGUACAUUGUGCUCAGGGGUAACUACAGUACACAGAGUUAGAAAUAAUAAACUGCUGUGGUUUGAGACUAUUACAAGUCAUUGGCAAAGUUAAAAUAUUGUGGUUUUGGUUUCCCAAUCAAUUGUUUGACUAAAUAUGGUAAUACCACCAAACAAAAUGACAGCAUGUCACCUUUAUCUUUCAUUUCAAAGCUUACCAUAUGCAUAAAUAACUAAUGAAAAGAAGCAAUUUCUUUGACACAUGAGAGAUUCACAUUUUAAUAUGACAUGCGUGUGUCACAAGUUACACUCCAUACACUUUUUGGGUCGUGGGGAGAUUUUCACACUCAGUUGAAAGCCAGAAGCCAUUACAAAUGUAAGGUUAGCCUUGUAUGAAUGUUUUCAGUGGGAUAAGCCUCAAAUAACUGAAAUAUUGUGAGCCCAUCGCUGUUAAAAACGGUCUCUUUGACUACAAAUGACAUAUGUUUGAUUGAAAUGAUUCAACCUUUGAAAAAUGUUGGUGCAAAUAAUGAAGUAAUUUUCAGACAAUGUAGGACUAUAUAUAUCACACAAGUGAAUGUCAAUAGUAUUGAUUAUGUACAUCAUAUUAGGUAUUGUUAGACUUUACCUUACAAAUUGAAUUUUCAACACCACUAGUCACAUUUUAAAGCCUUAAUGAAUUCAGUUCAGCUCCAUAAAUGUGAAAAUGUAGGUAACUUUAAUACUUUAUAUACAUAUUGUCAUUUAGUUGGUUGGUUUGUUUGUUGUUUUACGCCGCAAUCAGCAAUAUUCCAGCUAUAUGACAGCGGUCUGUAAAUCAUCGAGUCUGGAUCAGACAAUCCAGUGAUUGACAUCAUGAGCAUCAAUCCACGCAAUUGGGAUAGAUGACAUGCAUCAACCAAGUGAGCGAGCCUGACCACCCGAUCCCGUCAGUCGCCUUUUACGGCAGUAUGGGUUGCUGAAGACCGAUCCUACCCCGGAAUCUUCCCGGGUCUACUGUCAUUUAGAUUUUGUUGAAGAUGAGUAUCAUAUUAGGUUCAUAUGCCCAAGUUACUCUGUGAAUAAAAUUACCUUUUCAUAGCUUUAACAACACUCAUUCAAUGGUCAAUUAGCUAAAUACAAGAACUGUACAUCUCCUUAAAUCUGUUGCUCUGUAUAUGAAACAUGUUUUCAAAUUACGAGCUCUCACAUGACCACUUAUUAUUACGAAAAACUGUACUAUAGGCCAUGUGACCAUACCGAUUAUAUUACUACUGUAUAAGGCAGUUGGGUGGCCUUAUGGCUAAAGUGUUUGCUUGUCACGCCGAAGACCCGGGUUCAAUUCCCGACAUGGGUAACAUUGGUGAAGCUCAUUUCUGGGGUCCUCCGCCAUGAUAUUGCUAAAAGAGGUGUAAAACAAUUCUCAAUCACUCACACUACUGAAUAAAAUUCUACUACUACUACAAAUUUCAGUCACAGAUAUCACAAAGAAGAGAUGCUUCAAGCAAAUUCAUUUACAAUGGAAUUUCUGAAAUUUGAAAUAGCAAAACAAACAUAAACAAUCCGCGAUCCAAGUACUACUUUACUUGGUGGGAGAUGUUUUUUCAGAAUUUUGAAAGUUUUACUCAGACCAAUUAUACGUUCAACAUGGAUUCUUUUAGAAGCAAUUCUUCUAUCCUUAACAACAUCUUCUGGUUCUAACUGUGACUUGCCUUUUAACAUAGUUGGGGUGUUUACUUGAACAUCUUGGGCUGCAAAUAAGUCUUGAACCAUAAUGCCCCUGUCAGCCAUAAUGCUAUCCUGUUUUUCAAACAUACCAUGUGAUGGGUUAAGUAAAGGAGACUGUUCUAUGAUCUGUCUGUCACUUGCAGACCCCCCAAAAGAUUCACUAAUAAAUGAGACUGCCCCCCUGGGUGUGCAACCGAU